GUGGCAGGUGUGCGUGGAGGCGCUUGCGGCGGGCCACCCGACGUGCUGCGACGAGGAGCUUCUCCAGGAGUUCUGCGCGCAGACGCUCGCGCGACUCGCGCGCGCUUUCCCGAGCAACCACGCCGAGGAGGCCCGCAGGGCCGCGCGGGACGGGCUCCAGGAGCUGCUGAUGCUGCACGCCAGCGGCAAGUUCCCGAUU